AUGCGCGAAAUAGUUCACAUUCAGGCUGGUCAGUGUGGGAACCAGAUAGGUGCUAAGUUCUGGGAAGUAAUAUCAGACGAGCAUGGUAUCGAUCCUACUGGAACAUACCACGGUGAUUCCGAUCUACAACUUGAACGAAUAAACGUUUAUUACAAUGAGGCCAGUGGAGGAAAGUAUGUUCCUCGUGCUAUCUUGGUUGAUCUGGAGCCUGGUACGAUGGACAGCGUCCGCGCAGGACCUUUUGGUCAACUGUUUCGUCCUGACAAUUUCGUAUUCGGUCAGAGUGGGGCAGGAAAUAAUUGGGCCAAAGGUCACUAUACGGAAGGUGCUGAACUUGUCGACUCAGUUCUAGAUGUGGUGAGAAAGGAAGCUGAGUCUUGUGAUUGUUUACAAGGUUUCCAAUUAACUCAUUCACUUGGUGGUGGUACUGGCUCUGGUAUGGGUACGCUAUUAAUUUCAAAGAUUCGAGAAGAGUAUCCUGAUAGGAUUAUGAAUACAUUUUCUGUUGUUCCAUCACCCAAAGUCUCUGAUACCGUUGUCGAACCAUAUAACGCGACAUUGUCUGUUCAUCAGUUGGUUGAAAACACAGAUGAAACCUACUGUAUUGACAAUGAAGCACUUUACGAUAUAUGUUUUAGAACAUUAAAACUUACGACUCCAACAUAUGGGGAUCUGAAUCACUUGGUCAGUGCAACCAUGUCCGGAGUAACCACCUGCCUCAGAUUUCCUGGCCAACUGAAUGCUGACUUGCGAAAACUGGCAGUAAACAUGGUUCCAUUCCCUCGACUACAUUUCUUCAUGCCAGGAUUCGCUCCAUUGACAAGUCGAGGUAGCCAACAAUAUCGCUCACUAACUGUACCUGAACUAACACAACAGAUGUUCGAUGCUAAGAAUAUGAUGGCUGCCUGUGAUCCUCGUCAUGGACGUUAUUUGACAGUGGCUGCCAUCUUCCGUGGUCGUAUGUCGAUGAAGGAGGUGGAUGAGCAGAUGUUGAAUGUGCAGAAUAAGAAUUCAAGUUACUUUGUUGAGUGGAUUCCGAAUAAUGUGAAGACAGCAGUAUGUGACAUUCCUCCUCGUGGUUUGAAGAUGUCAGUGACCUUUAUUGGUAACAGUACGGCUAUUCAAGAGUUGUUUAAGCGUGUUUCUGAGCAGUUUACUGCGAUGUUCCGUCGUAAGGCGUUUUUACAUUGGUACACAGGUGAAGGGAUGGAUGAGAUGGAAUUCACUGAGGCUGAGUCGAAUAUGAAUGAUUUGGUAAGUGAGUAUCAGCAGUAUCAGGAUGCUACUGCCGACGACGAAGGUGAGUUUGAGGAAGAUGUCGAGGAAGCCUAA